CGCCCUCUUUAGACGCGGGCCUGCUAUUAUUAGGCGGUGAUUUUGAAAUCAAACAUUUUCAAGUGGCACUCCUUUCGAAGAAAUCAGUGAAAUUUAAAACUACGUGGUAAUCAGGAGAUUUAGGUGAUGUAUAUAUGCACCUGCCGUUAUGAGGAAAACAAGUUGAGAUUUUAGGGUAGAAGAUCCUCUGCUGUUGACGAAAAACAAAGAAUCGACUUGGAGCCGGAAGUGCAGCUAGGCUUAAAAAAAGAUGCCCUGGCAAACUGGAGAGAUGCCCCUGAGAGAAAUACAGCGUGAAAGCAAUGGGGUGAGACCGGACAGUGAGGCAGACCAAGCCAAGGUGGCAGCAUUGAUGAAGAAGGCAAAGAGUGCUGUAGAAGAGGGCCACCCAAGAGCUGCAUUGGACAUCUUACAGAAGGCAGCUAAGAUUCAGAAGACGGAGAAGAUCCUAAAGAGAAUCGCUAAAUUGGAGGCGUAUCUUGCUGAGAACGGGUCUGAGGAUGAAGAUGAGGACGAUGACAACAUGGUCCAUGUGGGCAAAGGAUUCUAUGUCUUCAAGGACCUGUACAACAGAUUGUAUGAGUAUCAGAAGGAGUCGCUUCUCUGGUUUUGGCGUCUCCAUCGCAAGAUGAAAGGAGGUAUCUUGGGGGAUGACAUGGGGCUUGGUAAGACGGUCCAAGUAGUAGCCUUUCUCAGCGGUCUCUUUGACAUGGAGCAGGUGGAGAAUGUUCUCAUUGUUGUUCCUGUAGCUCUCGUCAUCAACUGGGAGAGGGAGUUCAAGAAUUGGGCUCCAGGUAUUGGGGUGCACACGUUCCAUGGUGCCAGCAAGAAAGAAAGGGAGCGUCUGCUAGAGAGGGUGCAGAGAAGAGGGGGUGUCUUGAUGGUCAGCUACGGACUGGUCAUGACAUGCUGGGAGCAGAUCAAUCAUUACAGGGGCAAUGAUUUUGUAUGGGAUUAUGUAAUGCUUGAUGAAGGUCAUAAGAUCAAGAAUCCUACCAAGACUACCAAAGCAGCGAAUGCCAUCGCAGCCAAGCAUAGGUUUAUCUUAACCGGUACACCUAUACAAAACAACCUAAAGGAACUUUGGUCUCUCUUCAACUUUGUGACACAUGGAACUUUGCUUGGGACACUGCAAACUUUCAAAUCAGAGUAUGAUAAUCCAAUCACAAGGGCCAGGGAACAAGAUGCCACUGCAAGCGAGAAGCUCCUUGGCAAUGAGAUGGCAGAGAGUCUCCGCCUCCUCAUAGCACCGUACUUCUUGAGACGAACCAAGGCCGAUGUCUUAAAGAACAAGAAGGAGGACAGUGAACAGGGUGAUGGAGGUAGCGAGGCCAGUGGAUCUACCAGAGGGUCCCUGUCGCCAGAAACUGUAAUCCCCUCUCUGACCCGGAAGAAUGACCUGAUCGUGUGGCUAUCACUGACCGAAACCCAGAUCCAAAUCUACAAGGAUUUCAUCAGUCUCGAUAGGGUCAAAGAGUUGCUGAUGACCAAACGAUCACCUUUGGCCGAGCUAACUGUCCUCAAAAAGAUCUGUGACCAUCCGCGGCUGCUGUCCAAUCGGGCUUGCAGACAGCUAGGAUUGCAGAUGUCUCAAGAAGGGUAUGAUGAGAACGAUGAUCCUUCUGAGAUGGAAUGUGCAGCCAACAGCGUCCACACCAUCAGCGAGGAAACCCUCUUCCUGGAGUCCGGCAAACUCCAGUUUCUCGUCAAGCUACUAACCAAUCUCAGGGAGGAGAAGCACAGAUGCCUGGUGUUCAGCCAGUCACGCAAGAUGCUGGAUAUCAUCGAGAAGAUCCUCAGAGCAAGGGGAUUCAAACUGAUGAGGCUUGAUGGUACCAUCAAAAAGAUGAGUGAUAGAGAGGAUAGAAUCAGCCGUUUCCAAAGAGAUUAUUCCUACAGUGUGUUCCUCCUCACGACCCAAGUGGGAGGGGUCGGUCUGACACUGACCGGCGCAAACAGGGUGGUCAUCAUUGAUCCCAGCUGGAACCCAGCGACAGACAGCCAGGCUGUGGAUCGGGCAUACCGCAUCGGUCAGACACGGUCAGUGGUCAUCUAUCGUCUCAUCACCUGCGGCACGGUGGAGGAGAAAAUCUACCGAAGACAGGUCUUCAAGGAAUCCUUGACCAAACAGGCCACGGGCGGCUCCAAGAAUCCUUACAGAUACUUUACAGGACAGCAGCUGAAGGAACUGUUUGUUCUGGAUGACCCCAAGGUAUCACAGACGCAGAUGCAGCUGGAAGCAAUGCACUCAUCUCACAGGAAGACCGAUACACUACUGGAUGCUCAUAUUGCUUUCCUGUACUCUACAGCUAUCUUUGGGAUCAGUGACCAUGAUCUGAUGUUCUCCCAGGAGGCUCAUACGGAACCAAGUCAGGAGUAUGAAGAAGAAGGAAACCAGUAUAUCCAACAAAGGGUACAAAGGGCACAGGAGCUUGUGGCUCAAGAAUCUGACCUGACCCGGAAGUUGAACGAUCACAUCGGGCGUGGCACGGAGGGUCCAGGCGGGGCCAAGAAGCGCUACUCUAUGAACGUCAACCGAGAGCGGCUUCAAAAUGAAUGGGCGGAGAAAACGGGAGAAGGAGUCAUCAACCCGCCUCUUCAACACGUUCCAAAGCAUUACAGACCCGAGGAUAGACCACCUCCAAGAGGAGCAAACAUUGCUGUUCAAGAUUUAGACCGCACCAUGGAAGAGCUCACCCUAGACGGGUCUGGAGCUAGCCUUAGUGAGGAAGCGGAGGAUUUAGCACAUCGUUCUCCCGGUUACCAAAGUGAUGCAUCGGAAGCAAGCGAAGAGGAGGUUGUGAUCAUCGAUGAGUCUCCACCGGGAAGCGGUGAUGAGGAGAGUGGAGGUGGAAGCCGCCCCGGCAGUGUCUUUGUGGUGGAUGAUGACUCCAGACCUGGGAGUCGUUUAGAUGACAGCUCCAGACCAGGGAGCAGGGUAGAGGACAAGGCGUUCAUAGGAGAGUCCUAUCUACCGGAGGACAGCAGCCGUGGUGGCAGCAGGGAUGCUACUUACGAUGGUUCCAAUUCUAAACGUGAUCUAGAUGAAGAGAUGGAAGAUUACAUUGAUGAUCACAGCAGUGCUGGAGACUUUCAAAGUGACCCUGAAGGAUCAAGGGGUGAGGAGGGCUUGGAGAAGAGUGCCGAUGAGAGCCUUGAAUUGGUUGUUGGUAUGACUCCACCAAAUCGCCCCAAUGAAAGCUUCCAGGACCAUCGCGAGGAGUCGAGUAGAGGUAUGACUUCCUUUGAUACAGGUGCAACUCAUGGUGACAUGCCAGAUGGUAGUGGGUCAUUGAGAAGCAGAGGUAAGGAAUCCAAGAGUAUGAUGCCCUCCGAUACCGACAGCUAUGGGAUGAUGGAGGAGAGUAGCAGACAGCCAUCAGAUCUACCCUACUUCAAUGCCACUAGGAAACUUUCCUUAGAAGAGUCCUUUAGUCGUCAGUCGAGCCAAGACGAGGAAGCAAAUACAAUCGAGUGGGAGAAUGGCCAAUGUUCUUCCCAGGGUAUGAGCUACGGAAGUCCGAUGGGUGAAAGGAGGAGAGACCAGGAUGUGAGUAUGAUUGCAGCAGAUGAUGUUGAACUAGACAGUGAGGAUGAUGAAGAAGGUGGUAGUUAUGGGGAGGUGGUAGAGGUGUCCAUCUCAAGUUUCUGUUGUCAGGCUGGUGGUGAUAUCAGUCAAGACAUGGAUGUCAGCAUCGGUGCUGGAACCACCCACUCAAACAAAGAUCAUCAGUCUGGAUUGCGAACAGGACUUGUGCCAAUGGUUGAAGAUGAAAGAGAUAGUGUCCUUGAUGAGGACAGUGAGAGCUCCGAGAGAAGUCCUCAUUCAAAUCUCCAAGAGGGUGAAGUUGAUGAUGAAGAGAGCUAUGAAGAUGUAUCCAUGGCCAGCUUCUCCGUACAGACAGAUGACGUGGAUGACCAAACCAAUGUGCAAUCAACAAACCCUGAGGAUCAACCCAAUUCUCCUCUCAGUCAAAAUUCUUCACUGGAAGACCAGCAGUCCCCCCAAGAAGAACGAUCCAGCACCAAAGGAGGACCUCCUGGAGGCAUCGAUCUUGAUGCAACAUCUAGGUUUCUUGGACUCACAUCAGAAGAAAGCCCGUUCCUCGAUACCUCAUCCCCUGUAACUAAGACCCGCCAUGUGAGGAGGAUAGUGUCGGAUGAUGAGGAGAACGAUGAUGAAGACGAAUCAGUGUUUGAGAGGGAUGUUGGCUCCGGAAGCAGGGGCGGAUUCCUUGAUGAUGAAGCGCAGCAUAGGAGGAGUGAUGAAGAGAAGAGAAGAAGAGAUAGACAACUCAGCACCAAGAGAAAGAAACCAUCCAGUGUGCUAGUAGAUGAUAGUGAUGAGGAGGAGGAGGAGGAUAUAAGGAAAUCAAGUAGAACCACAAAGUCUUCCUUGGAUACUGACCAGAGUGGUGCUCUGCAAGACAGUAUGAAUGACUUCAUUGUGGGGGAUUCUGAUGAAGAACAGUCUUUAGAUGAACCGUCAUUGGACAAAGAUGGAGUCAUUGACGAGAGCCUGCUGGAUGAAUCAGAGGAAUUUCCAUCUGAAGAAAAAGAAGAAGAUGAAGGAAAAGAAGAAGAUGAAGGAGAAGAAGAAGAGGAGGAGGAGGUUGGAAGAAAACGGAGAAAGAAACAUGUGAUUGUUAGUGAUGAUGAAAGUGAUAACGAUGAUGAAGGUGACGAUGAUGAUGAUGUGUGCAUAAGCAAACCAGAUGAUCAACACCUUAAAUCAGGGAAGUAUAGUGACUUCAUUGAGAUGGAGGCAGCGGCGGACAGGAGGAGUGCAUCUCAUGAAACCGGUAGAGUUUCAGAUGAAGAACAAGAAACCAACGACAGUGAGGAACACUUAGAACUAGAGGAAGACGAGAUGGUGGAAGAGGAUGAAGAAGAUGAAGUUGAUUACAGUGAUGAACGCAUUGCAGAGGAGGAGGAGGAAGAAGAAGAAGAAGAAGAAGAGGAGGAGAGCGAUGAAAACAGGAGUGAAGAUGAAGCAGAUGUGGAGAUGCGGGUGAAGUACAAAGCUCUCGUAAAGAAGGGAAUGUCUAAAAUAUCUGAAGGAGAUAACAAGGGGGCCCUUCGUGCCUUCCUCCAGGCCCUUUACAUUGACGGGAGCAGCGAACAGCUCCAGCUCAUUGCCCUCAAACUCAAGAAGAAGCUUGAGAGUCAGUGAAACAGACAGACAGCCAUCAAUCAAUGGCCACCUGAUACAGUACUAGGAGAUCUGACCUUGUGUGUGAUGACCAGGGGGGUGUUUCACAAAGACUAAGGUCGACUUUAAGUUUGACUUAACUAUGGCAGGCCAUUCAUGCCACUGGUUGCUCUUACCAUUGGUCUCUCAAUUACGAUCUUUGGAUAAUAUUUUUUCCUUUAUUAAUGAAUUAUCAAAAAAUGUAAAUUCGGUAGACUUGUGACUAUGAUUUGUACGUCUCUUGAGAGACCAAUGCCAGUAAAUGGUGAGAGCAAACAGUUGCAUGAACAGCCUACCAUAGUUAAGUCCAACUUAAAGUCUAUUUUUGUUUUUGUGAAACACUCCCCAGGACAAUCCUUAAUCCUUUUCUUAUUAUAAGUGUUGUCAAUCUUCUCAACAGAAACUUGUUCACCUUUGGUCUAAACUAAAAGAUGUAUGGUCUUAUGGGAUCCCAUAGAGGCUCUUAUGAACCAAAACAAGUACGAGGUUGAAAGUGCGCAUUGCCAUAUUUGUUACCUUUGCUGGUAUCCUUGUCACCUAUAGAUGCAACUUUAAUAGCCUUCUUUAUUUUGUGAAUUACAUAUUUUUUUGUUUUAAUAAAAAGAAAGUUACACACUACCAAGAACUAAAUUUAAAUGUUUGUGUUUUGCGAAAGUUUCAUGUCACAGAAGUGUCUGGUUUAACAGUAUUAAAGUCUACAUUAACCCAUUCAGUGUCACCAAAUGUACACUUACAUUAUAUAAAAAUUACUUUUCAUAAGACAACUAUUCUUUGUAGUGCCUGUUUUCAUUGUUCCUCUUGAAACAAUAUUUGUUUUGUGAUAUCUAUCUCCACAAUACGUAAACACGUCAUGUUGAAUUUCAAGAAGAAAGAUCAUUAUUUUCUCUUAGUCCGAAAACUGUUUUUUAUGUAACAUCAAGAGCAGUAAAAUGAUGAACAUUUUACAGAAUGUUUCAACUCUCUCUCACUCUCUAUCUACCCAGGUGAGUGGGUACUUGAAAUCAUGGGAAUUAUUUUUGUGACAUAAGCACAUUGGAGCUUGGGAAGAGAAUUUGAUCUGAAAAUGUGUUGUCAAUAUUUUCAGGAAGUUAAAGAUUUUGGUCUAGGGCGUUUAUUUGAUAAAAGUUGUAUUCUUGUUGGUGCUUGUAUGUCUAAGACAUAAUUAUGUAUUGUUUUUCUUUACUUAAAGUGAUAGCAUUGUCAGACUGUAGAUAGCAGUACUCAAGAAGAGGCUUGCAAGGGCAGCAUGGUAUUGUAACCAGACUGGUUGGUGUCCAACACUCGCAUAUUACCUAGGAGCAAGCAUGUAUUUAUACACAGAUUGCAUGAUGUAAACAAUGCAUCAUCGCCAAGUAAAUUUUGUUUAAUAUGCCCUCUGGCAGCCUGUAAAAACCUUCCCUUUAACUUUGAAACUUUUAAGAAGGCAGUUUAUCUAUUGGUCUGACAAAUCAUAUCUUAAGUUCUUAACAUUAUCAGAAGGAUAUCAUCAUGUGGAUCCCCUAACCUUCUCAUGAAACAUUUCAGAAUCUUUUUGAUACUAAUUCAGAUGAAUGGGUAUGUAAUGAACAUGUAUUGGAUAAAGUGGGUGUCUGCAUUUUCAGCUUGGAAACUGGUAUGCAUUGAAUAUAUUUAUCUACCCUGUAAAUUGAUAAACAAUGUGGGUUACUCAUGGAGGUAUGAAUUGAAUCACUAAACAUGACAAAUAUUGGUCAUGCUGUUUUGGGGGUUCCCCUCUGCUGAGAGCCCAAAGUCCAUUAACUCUGUGUGAGAAGAUACUAGUUAAUGCCCUUCUGGCUCUCAGUAAUUGAAAUGUACGUGUUAAUGUGUAUCUAUUCAGACAAACCAUAGAACUAUUUAGGUGAAGAAAAAAUGUGAAUUGUGAAAUGCGCAAAUGUGAAUUGGCAGUAGAACAAACAUGCAAAAUAGCAAUAGAACAAAGAUAUUUGAUAGACCAGUUUUUCUAACAUAUUCAAAUUUAUGGAUGUUCUUUCUUGGGGCCUAGUGAGGAGUUAGCCCAUUAACCUGUUAUUCAUGAAUAAACUAAAAUCCUUGGAAUCCAGUCUGCAAACAUUGCUUUUCGCUAUGUCAGGCUGCCUCGGACAAGCUUUAUGGUUGUCAAGAACAAUCUUUGUUUAAAAAAUAUGCCUAAAAUUUGAGUAUGUUAGAAGACAGGUCUAUUACAACCGAACCAAUUGCAUUUUACACCAGAAAUUUCCUUGCAUAAUGAUGUGUAGAAUGUAGGAAGUGCACAUAUUUAUGAUAAUAGGUCAGUUCAAAGUGAACAUUUC